ACCUACCAAUACGAGGCUAACUGGCGUUAGCAACCGGGAGCGGACAUGUUGUACCGACCCUUCCUAGAAUAAACAUCGCUGUGAGCGGGGAACCGGGAGUUAGGAGGCAGGCUCGGAGCGCGUGGCAAUCAUGGAUGCCGUUAACGCCUUUAACCACGAGUUAUUCUCAUUGAUGGACUCCAAGCCCCCAAUAUCUCGGGCAAAGAUGAUCUCCAUCACCAAAUCAGCCAUCAAAGCUAUGAAACUCUACAAACAUGUGGUCCAGAUUGUGGAAAAGUUUAUCAAAAAGUGUAAGCCUGAGUAUAAGGUAGCAGGCUUGUAUGUGGUGGAUUCCAUUGUUAGACAGUCCAGACACCAGUUUGGACCAGAUAAGGAUGUGUUUGGUCCAAGGUUCACCAAAAACAUAACAGGAACUUUUGAGAACCUCUGCCUUUGCCCUGUGGAGGACAGGAGUAAGAUCGUGCGUGUCUUGAACCUGUGGCAGAAGAAUGGGGUAUUUAAGAUUGAGGUUAUUCAGCCCCUCUUGGACAUGGCCGCUGGCUCUAGCAGCGGUGCUGCACCCUAUGCAGGCACAGAUGAGCCAGGUUCUUCACCCCCUCCAGCCAAAGAGCCAGUUACUGUGGUAACGGCAAACUCCACAAUGACAUCUGCUGCUCAGCUGCAUAACUCUGAUGCCUUUGCUGCUGUGGCACAGCUCUUCCAGUCCUCACAGGGUCAGCAGCUGCAGCAGAUGCUUCAGAACUUUCAGCAGCAUCCAGUGAAGCCUGACGCCAACACUCAGCCUCCUCUCCAUACUCUCCAAACACAAGCCCAAAACAUAUCCACUGGCCUGGGCAUGGUUGCUCCACAACCUCCACUGCCCUCCCAGCCCAUCCAACCUACCCAGCAGAAAACAGCCUUUGACAAGGUGACGAAAUUGCUGGACCGUUUUGACUAUGAUGAUGAACCAGAAGUUGGAGAAGAAACAAAGAAGGAUGAAAUCACUCCACAGCCCUCCUUUAUGCAGCAGCCUCCAGCCUUCCCACCACACAUGGAGCACUUUAAACCUCAGAUGAUGAACAUGUCGCAAGACCUCUCACAACAGGUUUCCAUCCCUCCUAAUGGUCAACUCCAGGUCUGUGGUUUACCACCAGGACAAAGCUUCCCAGUUACAAUGCCUCCUAUGGGGCAUGCUCUGCCAGGGCAGCCUCUCCCUGGUUCUGGUGGGCCUCCAGGCUUCCCAGGGUUAUAUCCUCCCCACAAUGCAGCCCAACAACAACAGGAUUUGUCCAUGGAUAUGGAUCAUUCUUCUAUGAGGGAUGGCAGACAUGGUCAAAGGUCACACUCAGGCUCCAGAUCUCCAAAGCGGAGGAGAUCACGGUCUAAUUCCCGUACACGACGAUCCAGGCACAGGCGAUCCCGCUCACGCUCCAGAGACCGACGUCAUCGUUCCCCUCGCUCUCGCUCGCAGGACCGCAGGGAGAGAGAGAAGGAGAGAGAGCGACGGCAGAAAGGCCUCCCGCCACCCAAGAACGAGACACUAAGCAUUUGCAGCACAACUCUGUGGGUGGGCCAGUUGGACAAGAGAACACAACAGCAAGAUGUUGCCUCUUUACUCGAGGAGUUUGGUCAGAUAGAGUCCAUCAAUAUGAUCCCUCCACGUGGAUGUGCCUAUAUUGUCAUGAUACAUAGGCAGGAUGCCUACAGGGCUCUACAGAAGCUUAGUAGAGGAUCAUACAAAGUUAACCAGAAAGCCAUCAAGAUUGCUUGGGCUUUGAACAAGGGCAUCAAGCCUGAGUUUAAACAGUACUGGGAUGUGGAGCUGGGUGUUACCUACAUACCCUGGUCUAAAAUUAAAGAGGACCAAUUGGAGGAGCUAAAAGAAGGAGGCAUACUGGAUGUAGAUACCUUAUCACCAGAGUGGAGUGGAGCAAGAAAGACACUUGACCUCGCAGAGGAACUUACCCACAACGGCCGUUCAGAGCAACAGCAGCCUGAAGAGACACAAGUAUUACCUGUCGUUCCUGCAGCUGCUCCUCCUGUGCAGGUUCCUCCAAUGCAGCAGCCCAUGGUUGGCGUGGGUUCUCUCCAGCCUCCUGUCUUCCCUGGUCCCAUAGGCAUGCCUCCGCCUUCCUUCCCCCCAGGUGUCCCCCCUCCUCCUUUCAUCAGAACUGGCUUCAACCCCAUGCAGAUGCCUCCAGGCUUUCCUCCUCCAGGGGCUAUGCCCCUCGGUCCCCCACCUUCUUCUAAAGGUGGAGUUGAGGACCCACCUCUCGACCCAGCAGGUCUGGGCAACAGGAAAAAUGACGAGGUCUUUGAGAGUCCCAGCAUCUUUAACAACCAGAUGGGACCUAUGGGUAACCAGGUAGGUGGACCUCCAGGUGCUCUUCCAGGUGGGCAUCCAGGGAACAUCCAAGGACCUGCUGGUGGUCUGCUUGGUGCACGGCCAGGUAUAAUCCCACUCCAACGUCCUCCUGUUCCCCCACCACACAUGCAGCGUUUCCCUCCACCACAUGGGCCACGACCACCUCAUCCCAGCAUGCCUCCGAUGCCCCCACAGAUGAUACCCAGGGGGCCACACCCUCAGAUAAUACACCAUGAUCCACCUCUCCCUAAAGCAGGCUUUGGAAUGCCUCCUCCACACAACAUGAGAGCUCCCUUCCCUCACGGCCAUGGCCCUCCUCCUCCAGGUCCUCCUCCUCCUUUUAUCAGACCAGGGGGUCCUCGUGGCCUGGAGACACCGGAAGAAAUGGAUGGCAGAUCAUUCAGGGGAGACAGGCCUGGAUUCAGGGACCGAGAGCUAGAAAGAGAUCGAGACUGGGAUCGGGACAGGGAUAGGGAUAGGGAGAGGGACCGAGGUUUUGGAGUUGGAAGACGUCCAUUUGGCGAUGGAGGGAGGGGAGGGGGUGGUGAUAAAAUGGAUGGGAGGGACAGGCUUGGAGGCUGGCAGGAAGAUGGAGGCGAUCACCGUGGAGGAGGAUGGGACAGAGACAGAGACAGAGAUCGAGACAGAGACCGCGACCGUGAUCGGGACAGAGACCGAGACAGACGGGACUGGAGGGAGAGGCGAAGCAGCCUCGAUAGUGACAGGGAACGAGGGAGAGGUGAUGAUGGGGAGAGGGAGCGAGGGAGGGCAGAGGGAGGAGAAAGGGGAAGGGGAGAGGGAGGCAGUCGUGAAAGAGGCAGAGGAGUUGAAGGAAAAGGGGAUAGGCCGAGGCGGUCAGAGCGGCGGGAGAGGGUCACACGGUGGGACAAGGACGAUCGAUUGGCUGAACUGGAAAGCAUGGACAGAUUUCGGACCUCUAACAGCACAGAGCAGCCUCGUGUGACUCCCGCGGGUACCAUAGAAACCAAUAAAGAACCAGGUGAGGAAGCCUCUGAAAAGAAGGCUGAAUCUGAACUUUUAGCUCCACCCCCAGGGGGAACUACUGCUGCAGAAAAUCCGGAGCCCUCCGAGCCUUUACCUCCUGCUCAAAGUGAGACCACAGAAGCAAAAGAGGAGGCAGCAUCAUAGACUGCUCCUUUAGCCAGAGACUGCAGUGAAUCACUGAAAGAUUAAAGAAAAAAAAGGUGUUUUUCACCAUGACAGACAGUCUGAGCUCUUGGCAGAUGAAUUCCAACUAGUCACAGUUUCUCAGUUGGCAGUUGACAGUUUCUGGGCAGUAGCGCAUUUCUUGAAAACAAACCGAUCUCCCACACAUGUUGUCAAACUUAUUAAAAUGGAUGUGUUCAGGCUGCACGGGUUAUGAUAAAAUUGGCAUCUGUGUCUCGAAAAUCAGUUUGGAAAAAAUGGCUGUAGUUGAAUUUUGGCUGUUGACUGUAGUUUUUCUCCUUCUCUUAAGUUGUAAGAAUGAGCAGAGUGUUUGCAUGUUAACUUAACUCUGUCCAUUUUUUGUUUGUGAGCAGACAUCGGAAACAAAUGAUUUGUAUUACAAAUUUAUUUUUACUUCAUGCCCUCUUCUGUGGGAUAGCAAAAGCUUUGCAACAUUGUACAUUUAUUCUUUUAGAAAAAUGUUUUUAAAUUUGCCAAAAUGUCAUGUCCAAGACUGAAUACUAUCUCAAACAACUCCUUAAUAAUAGAGGUGUGAUUACUUUUCCUUCGUCUUUGUGUUUCGUGUCAACUCCUCAUUGCAGUAUCACAGCCGCUGAGGCACAGGUUCAGAAGGACUUUGGUGGCUUUAAAUCAAAUCAAAUCAACCUAAAUUCGUGAUUUUAAAAAAAGUACAUGUUAGGGAAUGCAUACUUCUGGACACAAAACAUUGCACACACUUUUGAAUAUGUUCUCAAUUUUCAUCCUUUGACCCACAUUCUAUCAGGCAGAAUGAAGAUGAGCAUGGCUUUCAGUCUGCCAGACCGUUGAUGCUGCACCUGUGCCUGAAUCAGACAUGCACAUUUACAGUGUCUUUAAAAAUUUACUUUCAAUACAUGGCUUUUUUUUUUUGUAAAAUGUACGUAUUCUACUAGUUUUGAGAUUAUUAAGAACAUAGAGCAAAUUCUGAGCUUAUUCUCACAAGAUCUCUGACUCUAACUAGUUAGUCGUAUUAUACUGACAAUAGGAUGUACACCUGAAAAAGAAACUUUUGUAUCAUUCUAAUAUUUUUACAAAAUCAGAAAUACUUCACAUCCUUUGAUCUCACUGUACUGAUCCAGAUGUCACAUUAUCACAGUUCUUAUCAAAAUCUUCUAACUCUCUUGUGUAUUUCAUUACAUUGUUUAGUUACAAAAGUACUGGACAACAAAAAUGAUUGUGAGGCGUCAAAACCAAGAACUGCAGCUUUAACAGAGGCAUUAUCACAUUUCUUUUGCUUAACAGCAGACAAAGCAUUUUAGAAUAACUUGCACAAAAAUUAAGAAUGAAAAAGAUGGGAAACUAACAAGGGAGUAUCAAAAUAGUGACUUUGGUCUCAGAAAUUUGAAAUCAAAUCAACCUUUAUUGUCAUUUAGCUGUACAUACAACUGUAGUGCAGGAAAAAGUAGACAUAUAUUCUUAUGCAUAAAUAAAGAUCCAUUUGCAUACAACUUAAUUUGUACUGCAUUGAAAGAGCAAAAUCUGUUUCUCUGUUAUAGAGGAGUUUUCUUAGUUCCAGUUUCUUUAAAGAUCUUGGCUGUCAAAUUUCAAAAUAAACAUUUACAUUAUAAAAGUAAAGCUGAAGUACAAUUCUGUUGGAAGGUCUAGCAUGUGCAAACUUUUUUUUCUGUCAAAAUCUUCACACCCUUGCUUAAAUGUUCAGUUAAAGAACUAAAGAGGAGUGCUUUGUUUAGUUUCAACAAAGGAAAAUCCUACACACAUUUAUUUUAAAAGCAUUUUUUUCUAAAUAUGAGUUAGUAUGAGCAUAACAGUCUUUCCCCUGUGUGUAUAGAAGAAAUAUUUUGAAUUAGACAAAAGAGCUUAACUGUAUUUUGGAGGUCAUCUAUCCAUUUUUCUUGUGUACGUCAGUCAAACUGGGAUACUAAUUAGUUUUGGCCACACAAAAUUACCAAAUGUAACCCUAUAGCUGAUUUUUUUUUUUCUGUUUUUUGAUAAACACAGCUUACAAACUUAACGUGUGCUUCACUAGAGACAUACUGUAUAAAAUAUUAAUUAGGUUGUUAAAAUCUAAAGCCCAGAUUCUGCAAGUGCACCUCUUGUUCUGGAAUAAUUUUACACUGAGGCAACGAGGGUAAAACUAAAGUGAUGAAGAGUAUUGCUUGGGACACCGCUGUAAAUAUGCUUGUAUCACUGACGAUUCUAAAGGUGACAUGGUUAAUUGUUGUUAAUAAUCUGUGAUUUCCUUUUCUGAGACAAACAAUUUGACUUGGAAGGAACAACAGAGGCCCUUUGCUUUAACGUUUUUAACUCCUAGUGGUUUGAAAAUUGACAGAUGUUUCUAUGAUUUGUUAAAAAUACAAAAGACAUGGACAUAAAAUCUUCAAUAUUUCAGCCAUAGGAAAUUGUUUUUAAUAAACUAUUUUUGUACCAAA